AUGUCCCAACCCAGAUUCAUUUCCACAAUCAUCCUCUCUCUCACACUCCUCCUCUUUCACACCCAUCUCCAAAUCUGCACUUCCUUGUUAUCAACAACUUUGUUGAAGCACUCUGAAACAGAUGCAGUAAUCACAAACAGGGCUACCACCAAAACCAUUGGAGACUGUUUAACUGAGACAGAGCUAAUGGAUUCAGAGACAAAUAGAAGAGUUUUGGCAAUGCAGAAAAAGUACAUAAGCUAUGAUACUUUGAAGAGAGAUAAGGUUCCUUGUGAUAGAGCUGGUGCUUCCUAUUAUAACUGUCAUCCAAGACAAGCUAAUCCUUAUAAUAGAGGUUGUGAAGUUAUUACUGCAUGUGCAAGAGGUUCUUGA